AUGGGUACUCCAUCACCGAUGAUGAGUUCUCCAAUCAAUUCGAAUUUAGAGGAGAUUGGCAAUUCUAGUGGCCCUGUGAAAGCAUAUAAUGUGGACACAACCACUAAUCAAGGUGAUCUUCCGAAGAUCUCCACUCUUGAGUAUACUACAGUCAUACCACCUGAAGUUUUGAAUACCGAAUCAGUUACUGAGGAGGUUAAAGCCUCAGGCAUCCCUGUGAACAUAUCUAUUAUGGACACAAAUAUCAGCAUGGGUGAUAGGGUGUCGAAUAAUGAAUCCCAACUUAAUCAAGAUCAAGCUCAAGAGCAUCAUAUUCAGGAUAAACUUGAUCAGAUGGACAAAUGCAACGAGUUACAAAUCAAAGCUCAAUCAGAGUCCUUUAACGGAGCACUUACAGAUUUGAAGGUUGUUGCAAGGGAAAGGCAUGUUCUGUUUAUUCAAGAUGUUAAGAAGCUUUGUGAAGAUGUGAAUCAGAAAACUAAAGAACUUUGUGAAGACAUGGAAAAGGAAGUUGCAGCAUUAGAACACAAUUAUUCCUCUCUUCACAAGAAGGCAGAUAUUAUUGUUGAUGUUGUAACUAAGUAUGUUACUUUGUAUGAAACUAUACUUCCAAAGGUUGCAAAGAAGGUUGACGAAUAUGACAAGAGUUAUGGCAAUAUUGAUACUCUGUUGGUUGAAUUGAAAGGCUUGGUGUUGAAGUCUAGUUUUGUCUUAUCUUUGUUAAUAAAUCCAGAGCUUCUUUCUGGUAAGUUUAAAUUGUUGCAGUCUAUGAUUCAAAAAGAGCUUGCAACGCUCGCAAAGAUUAUAAACAUGAUGCCAACUGAUGCCCCACCUGUUUCCACAUGUGUGCACGGGGGAGAAAAAGGAGGUGUUGGUAUUGGAUCGAGAGUUAGUGCUAGGGGAAUUACAUCAAAUGAAACAGAUGAUGACACAAAGGUUGUUGAGAAAUUUUUUCUACUCAAAUUCCAACUCCUUUUCACAAGUUCUUCAAAACCACCUCCAACCACAAAAGAAACAUAG